AUGCCAUCAACGACAGACACACAGAGUGCUCGCGCAGCCAACAACCGACGCCUAACACAGCGCAACCAACACCGACGACCCGAGAGACCAGCACAAGUCCUCGAUAUCAAUGUCUGGGGAAGUGGCGAAAACAGCGAACUGGGCCUCGGCCCCCGCGUCACGCAAGCCCCAAGACCUCGUGCGCAAAAAUCUCUCCUGCCCUACGACAUUGUCCAGAUCUCUGCCGGCGGCAUGCAUUGCGCCGCGUUAACCAUCGACGGCGAGGUGCUGACGUGGGGCGUUAACGACGACGGGGCACUGGGCCGAGUGAAGACCCCAGACACACCAGAGGAGGGCCCCCAAGAUCUGCUGGACCCGUUUGAGAGUACACCUGGGCUGGUGCAUUUUGAAGAUCAAGUUGAUAUCGUCCAAGUUGCGACGACCAAUAGCGCGUGCUUCGCUCUCACUUCCGAAGGAACUGUGUACGGCUGGGGUAGUUUUGCUGGAGGAGACGGCAAUUUUGGAUUCCUUUACGAUAAACCGCCGAAAACCACCGAGCUUCUACCUGUGCAUAUUCCAGGCCUAAGCGACAUCGUGGAACUAGCGGGUGGCGCGAACCACGUUCUUUCUCUCACCCACGACGGCGACGUCUUUGCCUGGGGCUCUGGCGAACAAAACGAACUAGGCAGACGCCUCCUCGCCCGCCGUCGCUUUGAGAGCCUCAUACCCCAGCGCGUAGGCUUGCCUAGACACCAGACGGCCAAGAUCUUUGCAGGAUCGCAUCAUAGCUUCGCCAUUGACGUCCACGGAAAAGUCUGGGCCUUUGGGCUGAACAACUUUGGCCAGUGUGGUGUCCCGACACGGGAGGAUACUGGCUUCACGACAAUCAUCUCUCCAACAGUCGUCAAAAGCCUCGAGGGGUACUCGAUCCACCAUAUCGCCUGUGGCCUUCACCACUCCAUUGCUUGUACGGACGAAGGGGAGGUCUUCGUUUGGGGUCGGUGCGAUGACGGCCAAAUGGGCAUCGAUCUGAACGCCUUACCCCACGACGACAUCAUCUUCGACUCGAGAGAGAGGCCAAGAGUCCUAAACGUACCGACCGUCGUUCCUGUACCAAGUGCCGACUUUGUGGCGGCCGGAAUCGACAAUUGUUUCGUAGUUUCUCGAGGUGGUGACAUGUUUGCCUGGGGGUUCUCAGCCAGUCAUAACACCGGACUUGCGACCACUGAUACCGUAAGAGAACCGACAGAGAUGCGCCGCAGUAGUGCCUUGACGUUCGUCGAUGCGGGCGGCCAGUUUGGCAUCUCAGCAGGACCGCGCUUGCGUUGA